AGCGUGUCAGGAGCUGACCAAGGUUACUUAUUAAAACUUCACUCGUUACUCCAGAGGGAGCAGCCGGUAAAGAAGAUACUUUCCCAAGGCAUGCGAACUUACUAGCAUCUCGGAGAAGAUGAGCCAGUUCAGCAGCACGGUCGCUGGGGAUGACAGUGAGGAUGCCUUAUCGGUCGACCCCCUGAAGGAAGAGCUAGUGGAGAUUUUUCACUUAGAGGUUGACGGUGAAUGUGUUGCUGAGAAGCUUCAUCUGCAAAAUAACUGCCACAUUUCUGGGGUGGACAGGGCAGCGAGAACGGACAGCACGACCAAGGGAGACCCCGAGACCAGAAAUCAUUUUUCUCUUUUCAGAUGUUGCGGAAAGCAAAGUUAUCCCAAUAACAAGGGCACUGAGGGAAACUCGCUUUCGAAAGACCCGGAAAAGAAACCUGCCUGUGCUGGCAUCGGCCUGGUUUAUUCGUUGCUGGCAUCCCUGUUUUUCUCAAUAGUAGCCCUUCUGGUGAAGAAAAUCGAUGGAAUUCAUGCAGUGGAAAUCAGUGCUAUCCGAUGUUUCUUCCAGAUGCUGUUUGUACUUCCUGCCAUGAUUUAUUACAAAACUGGAUUCCUGGGACCAAGAGAUCAGCGCAUCUUUCUGUUUCUGAGAGGCUUUCUUGGGGCGAAUGCAAUGAUUCUGCUGUACUACGCGGUGCAGCAGAUGCCGCUGGCUGAUGCCACAGUCAUUGUCUUCAGCAACCCAGUUUUCACGGCCGUGCUGGCCUGGAUUUUCCUCAAGGAGAAGUGCACCAUCUGGGACUUCGUCUUUACCAUAUUCACGCUGACGGGAGUCAUACUCAUUGCGAGGCCCCCGUUCCUCUUCGGGUCUCGCGUCUCCGGGAUAGAGGGCGACUACACGAACCACAUCAAGGGCACCAUCGCGGCCUUCACCGGCGCAGUGGGGGCAGCGUCCACUUUCGUCGUGCUCCGGAAGAUGGGGAAGAGCGUUCACUACUACCUGUCCGUGUGGUACUAUGCGGUCAUUGGCCUUAUAGAGUGCGUCAUUGCCCUGUUCGUCCUCAAGGAGUGGACGGUUCCCUUCUGCGGCUGGGACAGGUGGAUCCUCAUGCUGAUCGGGCUGCUGGGAAUCGCGGGCCAGACGUUUCUCACCAAAGCGCUGCAGGUGGAGAAAGCCGGGCCCGUGGCCUUGAUGAGGACGAUGGACGUAGUGCUGGCCUUCAUACUCCAGUUUCUGUUUCUCAACCGAACGCCGACGUGGUGGAGCCUGGGAGGGGCUAUUUGUGUAAUCGGCAGCACUAGCGGAGUGGCUCUUCGGAAAUGGUAUAACAGCACAAAACGUGCUGAUAGAGUGUGAAGGUUACAGUCGCAUAUGCUGUAGUACUACACCUCACUACUUGUGCUUUAAUACUUUAGCGGUGCUAAAACAAAGAAAGAGAAACAGCUCUUUUAAUUAUAUUAUAUAAGAUUGCAUUUAUUUAUCUAAAAUUCCUAUGAUCAGGAUUUUUUUAAUACCUACAGUACUACUCGGCCAAUUUAUAGUAACCUCCUUUUGAAAACUUGUGUUAUCCUGUACAUCUCACUGUGUUAUUGCCUUUUUCUAUGGGGUUUCAGUACAGUGCAAUGUAAUUUCUUCUAUUUUUAAAUGAAUGGAUAUCAGAGUAUAUUAAUAUACACAUAUUCAGGGUCUACUUCAGUCUUUUCUACUGAGGGCAUGUUCAUGCACAUCCUAUUUAAGCACUACCCAUUAAUAAAGGAAAACACUUAUUUUUAAGAAGCAAAGCAAAACUAGUAGGCUGGAUACUUAAUGUGUACUGUAAAU